GAUAAGAAGCAUASGUUUCACACUUCAUAUUUUGACAUUUAGACCCAUUUUUUUAAAACAUCUUGGAAGUCUGUUGAAGUUUUUUUUAUUUAUUCUUAAGAUAGAGCAUCCCUGAAAUUUUGAAAAUACCGCGACUGUGUAAAUGAUGAAGAUUAGGUAUUGACUUAAUGAUAAAUUGUAUUAUCCAUAUCUUUCUAACAUUUUUGUUCUUAAUAUUAGCUACAGCAAAGAAUAGGAAUGAGAUUUGUUUCCUCAACAUAACAAGAAGUGCCAUUAGUGCGAACAGACUGAACUAUGAACAGCUGUGGUUGUGUAGAUAACAGCCCUACUUGCUUCUGUGGAGGAAACAGUCAUAGAGAAUUUAAGGACGGUUGUGAUAGUUGUUGCGGACACGGUCCGUUAAGUCAUCGUCAACAUGAACAUUGCCAUACAGUCUUUGAAGCCCAAGAUGUUGACAAGGAUUAUUACGAACAACGAUACCACCAGCUUGCUCUAGAAAAGGACAAAAUGGAAGUAAACUAUGAGAAAGAAAGAAGAGAAAGGCAAUCUGCAGAGGAGAAAUUUCAGAGGGAAAGCAGAGAAAGGGUAUUAUAUGAAGAGAGGCUUUCAGAGCUUAAUAGCAAGCUAGGCAGAUAUGACAACGAUUUAAACAUGCUUAGAAAUGAAAAUGGAUUUUUAAAGAGUCAAUUCGAUAGUCUAAGAAAUGUUAUCAACUCAAGAGUGAAUGUUGAAAGUAGCCACUUUGCUUUACCAGACACUCCUGUUUUGCAGUUGGAAUCCAAUUUGUUAACUGGAGAAAAUACAGAGUCAUAUAGACAUGAAAUAUCUGUUCUUGCUAACGAGAAUGAACUCUUCAAGCAAAUCAUCGAUAUAAUCAAUAGCCAGGGUACCGAAAGAGCCGUAGAAGAGAUGUCUGAGAAGUACACUUUUGAGAGCAAUUGGCAUUCAGAUGCAGACAAAACGCGUCUUCAAAAUGAAAACUCAAAGUUAAAAUGUCAGGUACGAGAGCUUCAGAAAGGACAACGUGAUCUCCAAUCUCAAAUUGAAGAGAUCGAAUUUGACCUCCAAGACAAAUCCCGUAAAAUGAAGAAUGAUAUUUCACAUCUAGAAGAAAACCUCCAUUCGAAAACAAUUUAUUGUCAGGAGCUGGAAAGAAAGCUUUUCCAAGUAAACUCAGAAUAUCAAGAGGAAAUGCAGAAAAUGGAAAUAAAAGUUGAAAGUGAAGGUCUAAAGAAAUUGCAGAUUCAGGAAGAACUUACUGCACUGGAGAGCACGGUCCAUAGACUUGAUCUAGAACGAAUAGAAAUGGUGGCCAAGUUGGAUGAGCUGUACAAUUCUGAAAACAAAAUUAUUGUUGCACGUGCUGAACUCGAAGCAAGAUUUACUGCAGAAAUUAACGACCUGCAAGUUCAACUCGAGGAGGAAAUAAGAUCGAAGAUAGAACUGUCUCAGGAAAUGACAUUAUUGAUGAAUGAAUUCGCUGACUUAAGAACCAAAUCUAAUCAAAUGGAGGAGAUGUACGCCAAUGAAAUUCAGGCUCUCCAGAUAAAUCUUAGUACUGCUCUUGGUAGAGGAGGUGGUGGCACAAGUUAUGCUCAGCAGCCCAAUAAUAACAUGGUCAUCGAACAAAGACUACCUCAGGGAAGUGAGGUAAGGCAAAAUGGGAAUGAGUCGCAAAGCCAGUUAAGCAGUGAAAUAGAAAAACGUGAGGCCCUGGAGCGAGAAAACAAAGAUCUCUUGUACAAGAUGAAAAACAUUUUAUCCAAUACUGAUUCCAACGCUAAUGGCAUGAAUGAAUUCCAGUUAAAUCAUUGCACUUCCCCUAGUGCUAAUUCACUACAAAACAAGGAUAAUGAUUCGGCUUUAAGAAAGAAAAUUCGAAGUCUACAAAACAAAGUUGAAGAGCUAACCGAUGAAUGUGAAUCCUUGCGUCGUAGUGCUAAAAAGCGGAAAGAGGCAGAGGACAAAAACCGCGAACUAAUUGACGAAUUGGAAGAGUUGAAUUCAGAACGAGAUAGUAUGCUAAAAAAGCAAAAAUCACUCGUAAAAGAAGUCGACAACUCAUCAUCUUCUUUACAAGAUUUGUCAGAUAAAAACCGCAAGCUGAUAAAUGAAAUCGACACGGCCUCGCGAAAGAUUCGGGAAAUGGAAGAUACAUUUAGACACGACCGAAACACCUUAAUUCGUAGCUUUGACAGAGAAAAAUCAUUAGAAAUGAAUGACUAUAAAAGGAAAAUGGAAAACUUAGAGGAUCAAGUGAGGGAUCAGAAGAGGGAAAAUCAAAUGCUUGAAGACAAGAUACGCAAACUUGAGGACGAAAUUGAGUACCAGAGGGACAUUAACAAAAGAUCUACCAAAGACUCUUUCAGGUCAAUUGAUUUGAAACCUAACUCAUCACAUGGUUCUUCAGCAGCAAACAAUGCUAGUGACCUUAAAAAGAAUGUAGACGAAUUGGAGCAAUUAUUGAAAGAAAAGGAAAACGAACACCUCAUUGAUUUGGAGGGGCAAAGCAAGCAGCUUCGUGAUGAAUUUGAGAAAGAAAAACGCAAACUUAAACAAAUGUUCGAAGAGGAGAAACGCGCACUUUUUGGUAACUUCCAUUCCCCUUCACCGCCUUUCAAUGCAUCCCCGCUGCCUAGCCAAAAUCCUUSAAACAUCUCUGGUAAUGUAAACCCACCGAUGGGACAGCUCGCUCAGCAUACCUUCCCGUCACAAGGYCCGUAUGCUUCUACUGCAACAUCUCAGGGUUCUAGUUUCCCAGUAAUUCCACAGGGUCAUGGAUCAUCGCAACCAGCGCAGUCGUCGGUUAAUCCGUAUCUGCAAAGUGGAGGAAGUAACCAAAACCCAAUUUAUCAUCCAGCGUCCAUUUCCAGCGAUAAUCAGAUUACACAGCUGAAUGAAACUAUAAACAAACUUCAACAGGAAGUCAACCGCCUGAGCAUUGAUAAGCAAAACAUGGGAAAACGAAUGAAAAAUUUAGAAGGACAAAUGACGCGCAAGUCUGACAACGAGCAGCAGGAAAGAAGAGGCUUUGAAGGCCAAGCACGUGUUCAUUUCGAAGUGGAUGAGGUAACAAGGAGCGAAAGUGCCAGGAGUUACGCUGAUGGACCAAAUGGCAAUGAUUCUUUUAGGAUCAAUUCGUCAGAGAUUUAUGCAUCUGGUGACUAUGAUGAUAGUUUUGAUGGCAAGUUACAGGACACAAUGAAAAAACUGGUUGAAGAACAUCGAGAACAUUCAAACGAGUUGCGUAAACAAAUAAAAUUACAAAAGGACUCCUUUGAAAGAGAAAAAGGAGCAUUAUUAAGUGAAAAUCAAAAGCUUUGCACAAGCCUGAAGUGCUUAAAGAAAGAAAUCCACGUUCUUAAGCAUGAAAAAGAAAAUUUACUUCAAAAAAUUCAGAAGGAAAGACGAGAGUCAAUUCGGCGUGACGAAAGAUCGAAGGAUGAAAUUGCAUCUAUCAAAAAUGAAUAUGAAAGAAAGUUAACGCGAGAUAGUAAAAGAUCAAACGAAGUUAUUCAAGAACUACAACAAAAGAUUAGCAGCUAUGAAGCAAAAUUCAAAGAAAUCGAGUUGAAGUUCAGAGAUGAGUUAACUUUGUUACAGAAUAAGUACGCUCAAGAACGAAACCAAUUGGAAAUUCAAAUCAGGGAAACUGAUAAUCAUUUAAAGUCAAAACUGGAGUCCCACUAUCAGGCAAAGCUUAAAACCGAAAAAGAAAAAUACGAAAGAACCCUAAAGGAGUUGCGAAGAGAAAUACAGUGUCUACAGGACCAACGUAAAGAAAUACAACUUAAGCUUCAACAAGAUGCAGGUACUGGUGGUCGAAUACUACAUAAUGAGUCCCUUACCUCAAAUUCCAAAAAUCAAGAAUUCUAUAAACGUCUGCAAUUUGAGUUUGAAAAUCGUUAUGCACAAGAAAAAAGAUCAUUGGAGGACACGAUACGGGAUCUAAAAAAGGAAAUAACCGAACUUGAGAAAGAGAAAACUGACAUUAAAGCCAGUUACAAGGAGGAAAAAUUGGAAAUGGAGGAACGAUAUCAAAGAGAGAAAAAGAGACUCGAAGAAAGGCACAGGCGAGAUAUGGAUGAACUGAAACGAUCAUCGGAUUUGUUUCAAGUCAAUGAACAAUCGUUUAUAUCCAUGGGUGGGAUUGGAAACAAAGAAGUGCUAAGGCCACAGCAUACCUCUUUUCAAGGAAAGAACACUUCAUUGGAAAUUAAAAACGAUCUCCUCGAGAGUGACAUAGCCUUCUUGAAGGGACGAGUCCGUGACCUCGAGUCACGUCAAACAAAGAUAUUGUCCUUCAAUUCUAACAAGUCUCUAGGGAUGGAUGACACGAAAGUGAAAUUUGAUUUGGAUCGCACCUCUAUUCCCAGGUCUCUGUCCUUUACAGAUCUAAGAAGUAUCAGCAACAAUCAACAUGCCGUCUCUCGAGGUAACAGAUCUGCAAACAAAGGUUUUUCGCUAGACGAUUUGGAGAUUUCCAGGGUUCGAAGUGGUGCAAAUGGCCUCAACUACCAAAUUGGUCAAAACCUUAUKAAUAUCAAAAGUUGCCAAGGYAUUUCCUCUGCUAGCAAGGGAGGGUUUUUUACUGGGAAUGAUGCCAGUACCUUAGGUAUCUCCAAUAUGUCUUCCAAUGGGAUUUUAAACGAAGGAGUGGGAUUGGCUGGUGCCGGUACAAGGUUUUCAUUACCUGGUGGAAUAACUGGAAAAGGUGUAACGCAAGGCAUUAGCAAUGGUUUACAAUAUGGAAAUGGUGUUGCGCUUAAUUCUGGAUUUAGUAGAUUCGGCUUUAGUAGAUCUUCAGGUUUUCAAUCUGGAAAUGGUAUGGGAUUAGGCUCCGCAAUGAUGGGUGGCAUGGGUGGCAGCUCAUACCCUUCUAACAGGUUAGGCGUGGGCAGUUCUGUUUUAACAGGUUUAAAUGGUGGUGUUUUGGCUGGUUAUAGUAAUAGGAUGGGAUCUGGUGUCGCAGCCAUAAAUAGUAGAGGGAUUGGUUCUGGCUUUUCAACUUGCAGUGGCACAAGAUUAGGGUGUGGCUUAGCCGUUUUAAGAAGUGGAGAAUUAAGCUCUGGUUUUGUAAAUCAAAAUCAAGUUGGAAGUGGGUCUGGUAUGUCAGGUAUUGGUGCUGGUAGUUCUCGUGAAAUCUCUGAUAAUGGUUUGGAAGUGGGCUCCAGUUUCGUGGGAGCUGAUGUUGGUGGAUCAACCUCGAUCACAGGUAAUAGUGCUCGGCUGAUGAAUUCAAGCAUCGGGAGAAAUGUGAAUACCACAAGCAUGUCUGGAAUUCACUCAGCUGGUAAUUCUAGUGGCGAAAUGAAUGGCAAUCUUGUAUAUGGGAAUCAGAGUUUUUCUGUUCAACCUUUCUCCAGCUCUGAAUCUGGAGUUCAAACCAAUGUUGUUGGGAGAUUCUCUGGAAAUGGUAUUGGAAUCGAUUCCAUCUUAACUUCAAGUCAAGUUGUUGAUCCUUCCGAUACCUAGAAGCAGUUGAAUUCAACGGCUUAAUUUAAAGUUAUGAUACUUUCCAAUGGAAACAUCCUAACAGAAUAAUUAGAACAGUUUGAUGAAAUUUGCACUAAUAAAGUGUAGUCUUUGUAUAUUUUCUAUUUAGCAGUAGAUUUUCUUCUGGUUUAUGCCAGGUUUACAGUGAAACUUUUGUUAACGUACAGGCACCUUUACAUGCACAUUUGCAAUUUGAAGCUGUAAUAAAAAUCAUAAAAGGUUUUGA